AUGUUGACAAGGAGAUUUGCCGGAAAUGUGGCAAAUAUUGCAACAAAGGGUUUAUCAUUAGAAAGAUAUUUAAAUGAUCCUUUAAAACUAGUUAUAAUACCAAUCAAUAAAGAAAAAUUAUUUGUUUAUUGUAAACAUCAUGAUAGCUUACAAAAUAAGAAAUCGAGGAUUCAAACAACGGAAAAAUGGGUAGUAAACAAGUUUACUUAUUUAUGGCUUAAAUUAGCAAAUUCUCCAAAAUCUUAUAAUCAAAAAAUUGUUAAAUGGGUUAAUAAGACAAUAGAUAAGAUUCCAUGGCCUGAAGCCUCAUUAUUGACAAUUCCUGGAGAAAGUUAUAUAUUGAAACGAUUAUUACAUGAUGAAAAUCAAUCCAUACAACAAUCAACACCAACGCAUGUCACAAAGAAUGAAUAUAAAAAUUUAAUACCAAAACCAAGAAUUCAACCAAUUAACGUAUAUUUCCCAUUAACACAUGCAUGGAAAUCCGAUUCAAUAUUGAAAGAACUAAAUGAAUUUUCUGAAAUAGGGAUAAAAAAUUAUAAAAGGAGAACGCUAGUAUAUAUAUCAUUGAUUCCAUUCACUUUACCGAUCGCAUUACUUCCGAUUGUACCCAAUAUCCCUGGAUUUUAUUUAGCCUACAGAUCAUAUUGUAGUUAUAAAGCAUAUAUCGGUGCAAAACAUUUGAAAUCUCUACUGGAUCAUGAAACCAAAUUUAAAGGGGACAAUAGAAUCAAAUUGUGUGAAUUACCAGAUUAUACAAGCUUGAUCAAUAAUAAAGCGGAUCUAAAUGAAUCGACGGUAGAUGCGGUGGUAGAAUUAUUAGAUAUAAAGGAGAUUCGUAACGUUCUAUUGAAAUCUGUCAGACAAGAGGUUACUAAACGGUCAUAG